AUGGAGGAUACAAAUACAAAUAGUAAUAGUAGUAUUAGUAUUAAUAAUCAAGUAAAGAAGAAUGAUGAUCGUGUGACAGAGUUAGUAUUUAGAGUAUUUAGAAAUAGAGUAUUGUACAAACAUGUGAUUUCAUUUAUCGCAAAGAUCGGUGUCGUGCAGAGAUACCCAACAUCGAGGUAUGAAGAGUUAUCAGACAAGUCAGUAUGCUAUCUCAGGUACUGUCACUCUGACGAUUUGGUAGCAAGAGAGAACUACAAAAUGAACAAACAAGGCAAAGGCAACUAUGGAAGAGAAUUUGAUGAACUUGUAUACCAACAACAACAAAGAUCAUUCAAUAUGUUUAAAUACAAGAUAUUUCAUGAUAAUGACCCUCAUCGUAUAGUAAUUUAUUAUGUCACUAUUCCAUUACUAUUACGACACUGUAAACAAGUAGGGGUACUUGAAAGAAUGUAUCAAUUGGUACCAUACCAUUUUAAAGUUACAAAUCGAACUAGUGAUGGUAGUGGUCCAUCCCCCAAUGACUAUAUACUCAAUAAUAUAGUGAUUGGUGGUAGUUUGGAAUGUCUAAGAUAUGCAAUUGAAACAAUUGGGAUUCAACCAAACAACAAGACUCUCCAAGUGGCUUGUGAAAAUGGUCGACUUGAUAUGGUUGUUUGGCUAGUUGACACCUUUCCACAUGCGUUGGAAUUGACAGAUGCUGCGAUAGAAGAUGCUGCUCUAAAUGCACACGUCUCAAUCAUAUCGUAUGUUUUGGACACCAAGAAGAUGACCAAACCAUUCACAACAAGGGCACUUUACAAUAUUGCACAUUCUGGCUCGAUCAACCACACCAAACUAUUAUUAGACUUUAAUAUUAGUAAUAAUAAUAAUGGUCAGACAGUAGAUAGUUUCCAACAAUUCUAUUUGAUGCAAAGUGCAGUAUCGUCUGGGUCAAUUGGAAUGGUAGAAUUGAUUCACAGUUACUUUGGAAACCAACUAAUUGAAUCGGGUGCACUUGACAGAGAGACUGUUGAAAUGGCAAGAGGUCAAGAUUCAUUUGCAAUUGUCAAUUUUCUAAUAGAGACGUAUGGUAUUCAAAUAUCACCAGACACUAUAACCACCUUUGCAGUUGGUGGUAGGUUGGAUGAGAUCAAGUACUUUCACGACAAUAAUCUGUGUAUGGGGCCAUGGUUAACGGAAACUAUGGACUUGGCCGCAAAGAACGGCUGUUUAAACGUUGUUGAAUGGUUACAUUGUAAUCGUACAGAGGGAUGCUCAAGUGGUGCUAUGUACUAUGCUGCAUUAUCUGGACAUCUUUCAGUAGUUCAAUACCUUUAUCACCACUAUCCAGGUGCAGUGCAUGCGGAUGCAGUCAACAAUGCAUGUAUAGGAGGACACUUGGAGAUUGUUAAACUCCUCACCAGUUCUCCAGACCGCCGACCUGCACUAUUGUCACGACAAAUCCUCUCGCACACUGUAGAGGGUGGUACAACCGCUCAUUUUGACGUGAUUCAAUAUCUCGUGCUAGAAGGUCUAGUACCAAAAAUGACAAAUAGAAAUUCUGGCGACUUUUUCAAAGAGGCUUGUCAUUUUGAUCAAGUUGCCAUCCUCCAGUACUUUCAUCAACAAGGUCUCCCUGGACUCGACGAUCCAAUGCUAUUUGAAUAUGCGUGUUCCAAGCCUGCUUUAAAAUGUGCCAAGUUCCUUUAUGACCACAAUCAAAUUAAUUUCCCAUCAUGUCUUGAAUGGGCCACUGGAACAACACCUAUCCAAAGAUAUCAUCUUUAA